CUUUGAACGUAGGUUUAAAGUCACUUAUCAGUUAUGAUAGCUUCGACUUCUUUCUUAUCUCCUCUAAUUUAUAUCUUCAAUUCACGUAAUGUCUCCGAUGAACGAGUUUGAUCACCUCAAAAUUCGUCUAAAAGAUAUAAUAGAGGCCACAGAAAACUUUGGUAUCGACAGGCAGAUCGGGGGUGGUGGGUUUGGACCGGUGUACAAAGGAAAACUCACUCUCUCUACAGGUCGACGAGCUGUGGUUGCUUUCAAGCGCUUAGAUCCAAGAUUUGGACAAGGAAACACCGAGUUCUGGAAGGAGAUCAUGUUGCUUUCAGAUUGCAAACAUGAAAAUCUGAUCUCUCUUUUGGGUUUUUGCAUUGAGGGCGAAGAAAGAAUCCUUGUAUAUGAAUAUGUAUCUCGUGGCAGCCUUGAUCGCUAUCUGUCUAACCCUCGUCUAAGUUGGAACCAACGCCUUAAGAUAUGUGUUGGGGUUGCACGUGCUCUAACCUACCUUCAUGAUCCCAGAAAAACACAACGAAGAGUACUUCAUCGAGAUAUUAAAAGCGCAAACAUCCUUCUUGAUGCGGAAUGGACUCCAAAAGUUUCUGACUUUGGCCUUUCAAAAGUGGCUCCAGCUAACCAACCACGAACAUAUGUUGUCUCAAACGGUGUUGGUACACCUGGAUAUUGUGAUCCAGUGUAUAUGGAGACGGGCUUUUUAUCCAAAGAGUCUGACGUGUACUCUUUUGGAGUAGUAUUGUUCGAAGUGAUGUGUGGGAGAUCAUGUUGUGAAUAUCGUAAUGGUGAUAUAGUCAACAUUUUAGUGCCUCGAUGGAAAAAAUGUUGCGAUGCGAAAAAACUUGAUAGCAUUAUUUGCGCAGGUCUGAAAGAGCAAAUAAAUUGGGAUUCAUUAGUGACGUUUUCAGCUAUUGCCAGUCAAUGUUUAAGUCGAGAAUAUACAGAUCGACCAACAAUGGCUGAGAUCCUCAAAAACCUUGAGGUUGCACUUGAACAACAAAACUUCGAUCCAGACAACAAUGCUUUAGUUGAUAUUGCCAAGCUUGCAUUACAUCGGCUAUCCUACACAUCACAUCAGGAACUUCACUCACUUCUCUCCAAAGGGAUUCUUGUUGCUGACGGACAAACGUGGGUUUCAGUAAAUAACAAUGGAAGAAUUCGAGAAAUGAUAUCUGCAGUAAAAUGCGUCUCUGGGGGGUGGUUUGUAUCUGAAACCGCAGAUGAAUCAAGAUUUUCAAAUGUCCAAGCGGGUAUGUUGUGCUAUGGUUUCAAAAUAAGAGGGAGAACUCAGUUCUUGACAAUAAAUGUCACAUACACCAUUUACCUUGUAUUCAAAUGUGACAAUAUGAACAAUGAAACACAUGUACCCUUCAAAUGGAAAUUGAAUAAUGAGACGAAGUACUCAAGUUCAUGCCUGACGCUUGAGAGAGGAGAUGGAUGGCUAAUGUCUCGACUAUAUCAAUUUACCAGCCAUCGCAAGGAUUAUGAUUUUGGGAUUGAGUUUAUGUUACCGACUCAGUACUCACGUACUAUGUUCUAUCUUGAAGGCAUUGAAUUCAAGCCUAUGGAGUAUGUAAACUGAAAAAAUAAAUUUGUUUUCUUUAGUACAUUUUCUUAAGAUUUAGAUUCAAUUUAUUUGUACAAGUUAGCAUGGGGACAACUUUUAGCCUAAGAAAACUUGGCUUGUACACUGAAAAAUAAUGGAAAAACAAAUAUGUUGCUAAAUUUAUUAAGUGGAAUGUGCCAUGCACCUUUCCUCAUUCAAAUUGCGGACU